UUUAUCUCUAAUUUUUGAAUCGAACCCUUAAUACCCAACAAAUCUCACGGUUCCGAGGAGUGGGUUUUGGGGUUAGGGUUUUCGAGAGAUGUUGAAUGUCAGGUUCAUUGAUGAAUCUGUUUUCUCUCUGCUUCAAGCCAUUCGGGCACAUCUGUGAUAAUUCCGAAGCUGGAUCGGGUGGUGGUGGUGGCGUUUCUGGUGGAACCGGUGGUGAAGGCAAAGACGGACUUCUUUGGUUUCGUGAUCUCGGUAAAUAUUGCGGCGGAGAUUUCUCAAUGGCUGUGAUUCAAGCCAAUCAGGUUCUUGAAGAUCAGAGCCAGAUCGAAUCCGGUAAUUUCGGGACUUUCGUUGGUGUUUACGAUGGUCAUGGUGGUCCUGAAGCUGCUCGUUAUGUCUGUGAUCAUCUCUUCAACCAUUUUCGAGAAAUAUCAGCGGAGACGCAAGGAGUUGUGACUAGGGAGACAAUACAGAGAGCCUUUCAUGCGACUGAAGAAGGAUUUGCUUCAAUUGUGUCAGAGCUGUGGCAAGAAAUACCAAAUUUGGCAACUGUUGGCACUUGUUGUCUAGUUGGAGUGAUAUAUCAAAAUACUCUUUUCGUGGCAAGCCUCGGAGAUUCACGGGUUGUUCUCGGAAAGAAAGGCAACUGUGGUGGACUCUCUGCUAUUCAGCUGUCGACUGAACACAAUGCCAACAAUGAAGAUAUUCGUUGGGAACUCAAGGACUUACAUCCUGAUGACCCGCAGAUCGUUGUGUUCAGGCAUGGAGUUUGGAGAGUUAAAGGCAUCAUUCAGGUUUCGAGGUCUAUAGGGGACAUGUACAUGAAACGGCCUGAAUUUAACAAGGAGCCAAUCAGUCAAAAGUUCAGACUUGCAGAGCCAAUGAAGAGACCAUUGAUGUCUGCAACACCGACCAUACUCUCUCAUCCUCUGCAUCCUAAUGAUUCGUUUCUCAUUUUUGCAUCGGAUGGUCUUUGGGAACAUUUGACUAACGAAAAAGCAGUUGAGAUUGUUCAUAACCAUCCCCGUGCUGGAAGCGCAAAGAGACUGAUAAAAGCUGCUCUUCACGAGGCAGCGAGGAAACGUGAGAUGAGAUAUUCAGAUCUAAGGAAGAUUGACAAGAAAGUGAGACGCCAUUUUCACGAUGACAUCACGGUUAUAGUGGUGUUCUUGAACCAUGACCUCAUAUCCAGAGGCCACAUCAACACAACCCAAGACACAACAGUCUCUAUACGGAGUGCUCUUGAACACUGAAAACCAAAAACAUUUUACAACAAUGUUUCUUCUUACUUGGUUAUAUGACUUUUGCCUAGAAUGAAUAAAAGCUAGGCAACAUA